CCCACAGCUCCUACAUAGGUGGAGGGCAGUGCUAGCGGACAGUGCUGCUGAAGCUCCAGAGGCAAGCUUCCAGAGAGAGCCCAAGAUCCUGGCACAAUGAGGAAGCAUCUGGGCGGAUGCUGGUUGGCCAUUGUCUGUGUCCUGCUGUUCAGCCAGCUCUCAGCAGUCAAGGCCAGAGGCAUCAAGCACCGAGUCAAGUGGAACCGGAAGGCCGCGCCCAGUACCUCGCAGGUCACCGAGGCGCGCACGGCGGAGAUCCGCCCCGGAGCCUUCAUCAAGCAAGGCCGGAAGCUGGAUGUCGACCUGGGAGUGGAGGGCAACAGGUACUACGAGGCCAACUACUGGCAGUUCCCCGACGGGAUCCACUACAACGGCUGCUCAGAGGCCAACGUGACCAGGGAGAAGUUCGUGAGCGGCUGCAUCAACGCCACCCAGGUGGCGAACCAGGAGGAGCUGUCCCGAGAGAAACAGGACAACAAGCUUUACCAGCGGGUCCUGUGGCGGCUGAUCAGGGAGCUCUGCUCCAUCAAGCACUGCGAUUUUUGGUUGGAGAGGGGAGCGGGACUUCGGGUCAGCACGGACCAGCCCGUGCUGCUCUGCCUGCUGGUUUUCAUUUGGUUUAUUGUGAAAUAAACUUGCAGGCGGGCCGGCUGGCCCCGGGGUUGAGAGGGGGAGCCAUCGGCUGGGGUAUCCCAGUUCUCCUCUAAGCCCCAAACCCCGUCUGUCCCAAAGGUACCCAAGAGCUGUGAUUCUUCAGUCCUUCAAGGCGCACUGGCAAGUCUCCCCUGGGGAAUCUGUCUGUAUCGGGUAAAUGUGUGUGUACCGAACCCCUGUGGGCUCUCCCAAGGGUGACCUGGCAGUCCCUGCCUCCUUGGCUCCCCAAGGAGUGUCUGGCAUGUCGCAUUCUGCAGUAGAAAAAUGUUCGCUGAACAGAGAAGAGAACGUGCCAGGGACGGGGCCAUACACUUCCCCUCAUCCCCAAACCCUCCUAGAGACAGGGGUUCUUCCCACCGUGUAGACAAGGAAACUGAGGCUCCAAAAGUUGAAGAGGCUAGAAAGUAGCAGAGCCAGAAUGCGAUCCUGGUUUGUCCAACCCCAGAUCUUCCACUCGGUGCAAUCCAGAGCUGUCCUGUGAUUCCUUUAGGGCUCACCCAACCUAAACCCAAACCCAGAUUUCCACCUGAGCUGAUGGCCAUGGAUCCUGCUACCUUGCUCCAGGCAGAUUGUAUUUAAUUCUUCUAAUUAAACUAAGACACAGUAAAGGGAUAAGACGAACAUAGAGGUAAAGCGAGAGAAAAGGCCAGAAAUCAUGGUGUAAGGUGAUCUUGCCUGGCUAAAUUCCCAGAGCAGACCAUUUCCACAGCGGGAUGUGUCUACUCAAAGAUUUCUUUCACAAGAAGGCUAAGUGUUUGCUGUUCCUCUCUCUGAAAUAGCACCUGGAUUUGAGAAAAUAUUUUUAAAUGACGCAUUUGCUUUGUAACGUUCCCCUAGCACUAGGUGCCUCUUUUUCUGUACCUGCGUGGGAGAAUCCUAAACUCUACUCCCUUAACAUGGGUCUGCUGGCCAAUUGCCAGCUGUUCUUUUAACAGCUGUUGGGGGUGGGGCAGUCAUUUCUGUGAGCCACUUGUCACUAUAAAAAAAUAAUUCCUUGCCAAAAAGUUUCAAGAGAAACCGUAUCUUUAGGGAGACCCAGCAAAGAAUUCACUCUUACCAUCAGCAAGAGAUGUGGUCCUUGGUUUCUACCUCUUAUUAGUUAAAAAUAUAGUGCAAAAUAUGAAUAUGGCUUAAAUGCAAAUAAUGAGUCUAAUGCUUUAAGAUGUCCCCACAGGCCCUCUGGGGUGGGGACCUCUUGGGGUCCCUCUUGGGGACCCCCAGGAAUUGUUGAACCAUAUUUGGACUCACCGGUUACUGACUAUUAUCAAUUCUCCUUUAAAGAGAGUCUAAAAAAAUAAAAAUAAAUUUUAAAAAAUUAAAAAAUAAAGAGAGUCUGUGGAGGCGGCAGGGAUGUGUGUUCUCAGACAGUGUAUCCUAAGUAUUUUAAAACAUGAAUGUUGAUAAUGGUACCUCUCGUUCUGAGCCUCCACUGCUAUCAGUGUUCUUCUCAAGGAUACUUGUGGAAGGUUUUAACAGAGAAAGUCAGUGGAGGACUUGGGGCGGGGCAGCCCAGGAUAGCAAGUAGCCUUACCCGAAGGGCCUGGGGGAU